UAAAAUAGUAAUCUUAUUAUAAAAAUGAUUAUUGUUAUAUGAUGAUUAUCUGAUUUUAUUUUCUUCAAUCCAAUGCUUAAGAAUAAAUUUAAAAAAAUGGCCCGUGUUAAGAAUUGGUAUAAUCAAUCAAAAGCAGCAGCUUUGAUUUGGUUAAUUUCCUUAAUCACCUUUUACGCUCUUUUCCGUACAGCUUCUAAAUUUUCAUUUCCUAAUUCCACUACAGCAAAUAUUCCGCUUUUGAAUGGAGAGAGGUCAAGACUGUAUGACAGAUUGAGCAGGGAUUUGGAUGAGCAUGGUGCACUUUUUCUUAAACAGGGCGAGACAUCGCAGUCGCUGUUACUUUCUGAUCUCUUUGAUGUUAAGAAUGGAUCUGUGACACCUACAUUGAAGCGUGCCAACCCUCCUGUUCGGGCUAAUGUCCUGCAUAUGAGUACCGAGUAUUCGGUUCCUAUCUCGAAAGCAGUGAGGGACAUAUUUUCUCCAACCCUCAAUGAAGUGAUUUGGUUUCAGAAUUCCGCGCUCUACCAUUUUAGCAUGGUCCAUGCUUCAAACCACGUUAUACCCGUUCCUGCCUCAGAAGAGGAAAUCGAGGCUGAAGUAAAUGCUGUAAAAGCAGUUGCAGACACACUGUGCCCAAUGAAAAUUGUAUUGGAUAGAGUUGCUUUGACUUCUACUGGCGUGCUUCUCGGUUGCUGGCAGCUGAUCUCCGGGACAGAUCCUGUUACUAUUCGUUCUAAAUUGAGGAAUGCUCUUCCACAUGCUCCAAAAAAGCAACUUUAUGCUCCUGCCAUACUUCAUACAUCACUUGCAAGAAUUCUUGGUCACCCUAAAAUUUCAUCCAAGAUGCUUGAUAGUGCUUUAGAACUGCAACACUUUCAUGAGCUAGUAGCUCGUUUGAAUAAUCGCAUCCGUGGAACCAAGGCUACAAUUUCUGAGUUGUGGUACGUGGAAGAAUACGAUGUGUUGGCUUUGGCGCUAGAUGGAAAAAUGAAAAUACGUCGUUUCCAAUUUGGAUGUACAAAAACAUGAGAGUUUCUAAUAAUUUUUUGUUGUAUGGUAGUUCCCAAUGUUCUGCAGAGUCUAAUUGUAUCCAAUCUUGGUAGUAUGUAUCAGAUGUAAUUCAUGUGAAUAUUUUGGAGUAACCUAUUUGUGUUUUUAAUACUAGUGGUGGUCAAUGUUCAGAGUCUAGACUGGCUUAUGAGCUCUAAGAGAUUUAAAUUUUAGAAUCCAUAAUAGGCCAAUACCAUACUAGCAUAA